CAAUCAUAAGGGUUCAAAUGGGAUAUGUGAGCAGCGAGAGCCAGUAUUGCACACAGAGACACCAUGAAGCUCACACACUCUCUCCUCUACCUGGUUGCAGUCUUGUCAUCAGCAUUGUCAGUGGAUACUGUCGUAGAUCCAAGAGGUAGUCGUCCUAUUGAGCAUGGCUACAAGGCACAAGAGACCUGUAAAACAAAAGAAUGGCCUAUGUGUACGGAUGACGAUUGGGGAAGCAAAUGUCCAUCUGGCUGCCGAAUUCAAGGCCUCAUGGACAAAGCUGACCAUGAUCUCCUCAAGAAGAUCGAGAAGAUUCGUCAUCUCCUGAACGAGGGAAGGCAACUGUACACCUCAGCUGAUCAAGUGUCCAAAACGACUUACAGUUACCUGAGAGAAAGGCUGACCUCUGAUGCAGGUAAUGAUAACAGGUAUGCAUCACUGGCCGAACAGCUGAGACGGAGAAUUUCAGAAAUAAAGAUUAAAAUUGACCAUCAACUAAGGUUACUGGAAGCUCUGAAGACACGGGUCAAGGAUCAAGUUGGAGUAAUGCAAAAACUUGAGACUGACAUUGACAUCAAGCUGCGUGCCUGCAAGGGAUCUUGCGCCAGCUACAGGGAGUUCACAGUGGACAGGGAAAGCUAUGUGGCACUGGACAAGCAAUUAGAUAAUCUGAAUGCUCUGCCUGUGCAGAGCGUGGAGACUCUCAGUGCCCUGGGAGUCAUGAAGAGCAGGCCGUUGAAGGACGUAGUGUUGCCCUCCAUUUUCAAAAGUGGACUAGGCACUGGCACUGCUGAGCAAAAGCUGCUGCUCUUUGGAGAUGUGGGUCAAAUGCAGCUUUCUCUGGAAGCCGAAGGUUCCACUGCAGAAUCUGCAGCCACCGUUAGCAAGUUCCCCACAGGUGCAGACUCACAUUCCCCUUCAACAUCCCAUUCUUCCCCCUCCAAGCCAGUUCUCCUGUGCACCAAGUCAGAGCGCAAGGUGGUAAAACAGACCAAAACUGGCCCUGUCGAGCACAUUGAGGUAAUAAAUGUUGGACCUGGCUGUGAAACUGUAGGAAAGCAAGUAAUUUCAGAUCAAGAUGGCAAGUCUAUAACUACUCUCAGUCACGGCACAGAUGAUCUAGGUGACUUUGGGGGAGACUUCUUCAAAGGGCUUGGCACCAAUACCCAAAAGUUACCCUCAACUUCUUCCUCACAUUUGACAAUCUCCACCUCAAAAACAAGUGGAAGCAAAGAUGGAAGCAAAGGUUCCUCAAAGACCACCUCCUACUUUGAGGAAUCUUUUGGGGAUGACCUUGGGGAAUUCAUGCGUGGUGAUGUGGAAGAAGAUUUUCCCGACAUCCAUGCACGCAGUUUGAAAUCACAUGAUGAUCGCAAGGCUGGCGUUGUUCCUGGAGAUUGUGUUGAAAUCCAGCAGAAGCAUGCCAACGGAGGUCAGAGUGGGCUGUUCAAAAUAAAGCCAGCUGGAUCGUCGGAGGAAGUAGAGGUUUACUGUGACCAGGCCACAGGGUUGGGGGGCUGGGCUCUGGUUCAGCAGAGGGAGGAUGGGUCUGUUAACUUCAAUCGCACUUGGAAGGAGUAUCAGGCUGGAUUUGGCCAGAUAAACCAGAAGGGUAAGGGUGAGGUCUGGAUUGGGAACAAGUUCUUACACCAUCUCACCACUCAGAAUGAGUGUCUUCUGAGGGUGGAGCUACAAGACUGGGAAGGAAAGGAGGUCUAUGCUGAAUACAAUGUUAAAGUUGGAUCAGAGGAAGAGGGAUUCGCGCUGACUGUGUCGGAUUACAUGGGGGACGCAGGUGAUGCAUUGGUGAAGGGACAGCCUAAUCUGGGAACCUUCCUUUCACAUGCUGGUAUGAAGUUUAGCACCUUUGACAGGGACAGUGAUAAGUGGGAGGAGAACUGUGCAGAGAUGUAUGGAGGAGGGUGGUGGUACAAUAACUGCCAGUCAGCCAACCUCAAUGGGAUGUAUUAUAAAGGAGGCAAGUAUGAUGCUGGCACCAAAGUCCCAUAUGAAAUAGAGAAUGGAGUUGUGUGGCUUCCCUUCAAACCAGCUGAUUACUCCCUCAAAGAAGUGAGAAUGAAGAUCAGACCUGUCUAAACAUUUAAAGAGAUAGUAAACAGCAGUUAAUGGGGAAUAUGUAUAGAUGCACAGUGUUUUGACGUUUCAUUCAUCAUAUUGUAUCAUUCAUUAUGAUGAUUUAAAUCUAUAAUGUUGAAAUGUAAAUUUCACACAGCAAACGUACCUCAU